CAGCACUUUAUUGCCAUUUUAUAUUUAUAUUGAUAAUCUAAAUCGCGAGGCACCAUCUAUAAUUGAGGAUUCAAGGCCAGAACCCAGUUGGCCGCAGAAUGCAACGAUUGAGUUCCGUAAUUACAAUAUGUACUACCGCUCAUAUUUGGAAAUGGUCAUCAGGGACCUUACAUUCACUGUUGGUAAAAACGAGAGGAUUGGCAUUGUAGGCCACACAGGUGCAGGCAAGAGCUCGGUCCCAUACGCACUGGUGGGCUUGGCUGAACCGGCUAGCGGCCAAAGCAUCAUCGACGGUGUUGUCAUUUCGACCAUCGGACUGCAGGACCUCCGGUCGCACAUUGCCAUCAUCCCAGAAGAUCCAGUGUUGUUUGAAGGAGUCAUCCCCAAUAACCUUAAUACAGCCAACAAGCAUACUGACAACGAGGUUUGGGCAGCUAUUAACGCGGACCAAAUCAGCAAUAUUCUCUAUACUCCGACAGAAAAGACUCUGCUUUGGCGGCGCAAGAUUAUCCUUCUGGAUGAAACAACGGUCAAUAUGGGUACCAAAACCGACCAAAUCAUGCAAGAUGUCGUCCGCCACGAGUUCAAGGAAUGCACCAUGCUAACCAUUGCACAUUGUCUGGGCACUAUAAUGAACAGCGACCGAAUUCUGGUGAUGGACUACGGCCAGAUAGCAGAGUUCGACACGCCCGGCAAUAUAUUUACUGACAAGAACAGCUAUUUCUUGCAGUUGGUCAAGAGCGUGGAACUCAACCAUGUAUACCCCAUUGAACAUAUUGUAUCCAAAAACUAA